GCCAAAGCGCUGUUUAAAAGCGGGGUGCACAUGCGCACUCGCACCUCUAUCCUACUGAUAGGCUCGGAUUGGCGUGAAGAUGGCGCUGCUGCGACCCCUGGACAAGCUGCCGACCCUGGAUGUAGCCACCAUCCUGCUGUUAGGUGCUGAGGAGACGCUUCUGGAGCAGCUGGGCGUGGCCAUCAUCAAGGCAUGUGAGGGCAGUGCCAAGGUCCAAGUGCACGUGGCCUCCUGUCUCCCUCUGCCCACCGACAGGGAAUGCUUCCGGCCCCGCAUUGACCUCAUCGUCUUCGUACUCAGCCUCCGCAGCAAGUACAGUCUGAGGACCGUGGAGGCAUCCCUGCCUCAUGUGGACGCUAGCUUCUUCCUGGGGAAGGUGUGCUUCCUGGUCACUGGAGUCAGACAAGAGCCAAACGCCAGCAUCCACAUGGACACUGUCAGGAAAAUGGCCACCACCUACCACAGCCCUCUCCUAUUCGGUGACCUCGAGGUGGAAUGCUUCCGGGCCUCUGUGGCCCAGCGCCUCAUUCAAAUUCUGCAGAUCUGUGCGGGUCAUGUGCCUGGCCUGUCGGCCCUGAACCUGCUGUCCUUGAUGAAGCCGUCCCUGGAGCUGACCACGCAGGAGACGUGACCCAAGCUCUCCCCCAGGGACACGUCCAGACUGACCUCUGUGGG